UUGGCGGUGGCGGUUGGGGCCCGAAGCAGUAAUGCACCGAUGACUGAGUGUUGCUGCUCUUCGUUACAUCCAUGGCCUCUCUGCAAAUGAUCCCAGACUGUUACAACUAUGUACUGGCGGAGUUUGAGUGUUUGGAUCCAUUGCUGUCUGCACUCAGGCUGGAUUCUAGUCGCCUGAAGUGCACGUGCAUCGCUGUGUCCAGGAGGUGGCUUGCGCUAGGCACGUCAGGGGGAGGACUCAACCUUAUCCAGAAGGACGGUUGGAAGAAUAGACUCUUCUUGACCCAUAAGGAAGGUGCUAUUUCCCGGGUUGCAUGUUGUUUACAUGAUGAAGACUAUGUUGCUGUAGCCACCAGCCAAGGUCUUGUAGUGGUCUGGGAACUGAACCAGGAACGCCGUGGGAAGCCAGAAAGGAUUUAUGUUUCCUCUGAGCAUAAGGGCAGGAAAGUCACAGCUCUGUGCUGGGAUACAGCUGCCCUUCGGGUUUUUGUAGGAGAUCAUGUGGGAAAGGUAUCAGCCAUCAAGAUUAACACAUCGAAACAAGGCAAGGCUGCUGCCACUUUUGUGAUGUUUCCUGUUCAGAUUAUAACAACUGUAGAUUCUCGGGUAGUUCAGCUUGACUACUUGGAUGGAAGACUGCUCAUAUCUUCACUUACACGUACUUAUUUAUGUGAUACUGAAAGAGAGAAGUUCUGGAAAAUUGGUAACAAAGAAAGAGAUGGAGAAUUUGGAGCCUGUUUCUUCCCAGCUGGAAAGAACAAUGGGAAUCAGCAGCCAUUAAUAUAUUGUGCUCGGCCUGGCUCACGGAUGUGGGAGGUGAACUUUGAAGGGGAAGUGCAGAGCACCCAUCAGUUCAAGCAGCUGCUGUCAUCACCACCUCUCCCUGUUGUUACUCUYGGGCUGGAUCCGCAUUACACUGGUGCCAGUUCUUCUCCACAAUCUUUAUCAUUUCCCAAGCUCCUAUAUUUGACUGAGCACUGUGUGAUGACCUGGACAGAGAGAGGCAUUUACAUYUUUCUUCCCCAGAGCGUUCAAGUCUUGCUCUGGAGUGAAGUGAAAGAUAUUCAGGAUAUUGCAGUUUACAAAAAUGAACUGUUCUGUCUGCACACAAAUGGCAAAGUCGUACACCUCUCCCUUCUGUUGGUCGACCGUUGCAUAGAGCGUCUCAUGAGAAGAGGGUUCUGGACCCUGGCUGCCAGGGUCUGUUGUCUCUUCCAGAAUUCAAUCAUUUCUUGCAGAGCAAGAAAAAACUUGCCUCUGGACAGACUGGAGCACUUGAAAUCCCAACUGGAUAUCUCAACACAACAGGAUCUUGUUGGCCAACUGGAAGAGCUGAUUUCCAAGUUAGAACCCUCAGAUUCUGCGUGCAGCAGUAGGAGGAGCAGCAUUUCAUCUCAUGAAAGCUUCAGUAUCUUGGACUCUGGAAUAUAUCGUGUUAUUAGUCGAAGAGGCAGUCAGUCAGAUGAAGAUUCAUGUUCUCUCCAUAGUCAAACAUUUUCAGAAGAGGAAAGACUUAAGGAAUUUCCUGUGCACCAGGAAGAUGARCAGGUGGAGCCUGACAACGUCUCUCAUGCGUCUGUGGCAGUCGAGGCUGAUCGGAACGAGACAUUUCUCCCAUUCAGUAUCCCUUUGUCAUUUCGUUCCCCAUCUCCUCUCGUCUCCCUCCAGGCUGUCAAGGAAAGUGUUUCCAGCUUUGUACGCAAAACUACUGAAAAGAUUGGCACUCUUCAUCUAAGCUCUGAUGCUAGAGGAAGGCAAGAAGCAAGGGAUGAUGAGCAGCUGCAGGAGGUGCCUGCUAAUGUGGAAGCAUUUCCUCCGGAAGAGAAAGAAUCAGAACCACAGAGCUGCCCACUUCCCGAAGAGGACCACUUAAGUGAUCUCAAGGCUGCAACAGCAGAAGCUAUGGCCAAACUCCAGGAUCCCCUGGUUUUGUUAGAACCACAGUGUAUGAGAAGGGUUUUACUGGAGUGGCUUCUUCAUCUGGAAGAGAAGUUUGGCAGCAAAGAGUAUUCUGCCUCAUCUUUGGGGGAAAGCAAGACCACCGAGGAACAGCAGGAGGUCUUGGAGGAAAACCUGCAGCUGGAUACGAGUGGUGAAGACAGGGCAGACAAGGAGCAGAGCGAUGUCUUGGCAACCUGCACUGCAAAGGGAAGUAGUGUUGAUGUCUGUGUAGCCCAAGYCGCACGUGAAAGUAGCACCAACUCAGUGAGAACUUUGAGCUGUGACUUUAGAGUGUCCCCUCCCUGUGGGAUAGAAGAGGCUGUUCAGAGAGACCUCACUGAGCUGGCGACGCUCUGCUUCGAGUUACGUGUGUUCUGUGGAAAUGGCAAUGCCAAGGAAAGUCCUGAUCCCGCUCCAGCAGCGACGUCUUCAUGCACCUCAGCUUGUAGGUUCCUGCGAAGCUACUUCUUCCUUCUGGAUUUGAAAAGACUCAAGCAGUGCAUUAUAACCAGCUACGCAGACAGCCCUGGUGUGUGGGAAACGUACAUGGCAGGAUUGAAAGACUUAACUUGUCACAGUCCAGUGGUUUUGGCAAUGGAGAAUGAAGAUAUGCUGAAAAUACUGCGACAAUUGCAYGAUUUGGGGCCCUGGGACGAUAGCCCUCUGUUACUGGUCCAUGCUCAGAGGCUUUAUGAGAAGUUUGGGGAAAUAGCUCUUCGCCCUUUAAUCAAGUUCCACCCCUCUAUUUUGCCUUCAGAUGUCAGGCAACUUUGCCGGAAUGACCCAGCUCACUUUUUGGCAUAUUUAGAUAGUCUUGUGAAAUCAAAGCCAGAGGAGGAAMGGUCUCAUCUCCUCAGGUCUCUUCUGCAGCCWGAGUCUCUGCGCCUAGACUGGCUGUACUUGGCUGUUACUCAUGAUGCACCACAAAGAGCCAACACUGUGGAUGCAGAAGGAAAUCCCAGGCCAAGAUCGCAUUUGUUUACCUGGGGCUACAGUCAGCUAAUUCUGCUUUUGAUUAAACUUCCAGCUGACUUUGUAACUAAAGAGAAGAUGGCUGACAUCUGUAAAUCACAUGGAUUCUGGCCUGGAUAUCUUUUUCUCUGUCUGGAGCUGGAUAGAAGAAUAGAAGCCUUUACUAAUAUUGCUCAUUUGGAUGAUUUGAGCCUGUUGAAUGGAGAAGAUGGUUUGAUCCCAGAGACCACAGAAGAAUGGAAGUUCCUUCUGCAUCUUGCAGCAAAUCAUAGCGCUGCUUCCCAUCAGCACAACGUACAUAACGGGGACGCUGUCGGCAACGGCAGCCCUGGCUGGGCCAGCUGCAUCACCGUGGAGAACAUCUCUCUGCUCCUGGCCAAGGCUGUCGGCCUGAAUCGCGCCUUGCCCCUGCUGCAGGAGUGCAGCUGCUCCCUAGAGCUGUCCGAGAGGUUUAGCAGGGUCUGGGAGAUGCUGAGAAUUGCAGAGAAGAGGCAAAGAGCCCUGAUCCAUUCCAUGUUGGAAAGGUGUGACCGGUUCUUGUGGUCUCAGCAAGCAUAGAAAAUGAUUCUGGAAACUUUGGGAACAUACUUUUUUUUUU